GCCCAAGCUUGAAAACCGACGACCGCCACGAUCAAUUUUAUUGAAUCAGUUUAAUUUUCUAUUAAUAUUUAUGUAUUAUAACAGUUAUUUUAAUUUAUCUAAUCAGUACUAUAUAGAACUGCAAGCCGAAACAUCAUUACUGUAAACAGAAAUCGAAGCUCACAAUCUUUGCAUCAUCAUGCCCCUGUUCAGUGGAAGAUGUUUGAGCACGGCCAAGCUGGUUGGCAAGACUGCCCUAGUCACUGGCUGUAACACUGGCAUAGGGAAGGAGACAGUUUUAGAUUUUUACAAAAGAGGUGCCAAGGUAAUAAUGGCGUGUCGCAGCUUAGAAAGGGCUGAAGAAGCGAAAACCGACAUAGAAACCCGCUGCAAAGAUUUACCAGAUACUGGCAAGAUAGUUCUAGCUAAAUGCGACCUUACCUCCUUGAAGUCUGUUCGGGACUUUGCACAGAACAUUUUAGAUACGGAACCACAGAUUAAUAUACUUGUGAACAAUGCAGGGGUGAUGAUGUGCCCAAAGAGUGAGACUGAAGAUGGGUUUGAGAUGCAGCUUGGAACAAAUCAUUUAGCACAUUUUUUAUUGACCGUGCUUCUGUUGCCGCGAAUCAGGAACAGUACGCCUGCGAGAAUUGUUACUGUUUCCUCUAAGGCUCAUACUAGGUAUGGCAUCAAUUUCGAUGAUUUGAACUACAAGUCCCGAAAUUAUAAUGCAGCCGAGGCGUAUUCGCAAAGCAAGCUGGCUAACGUAUUAUUCUCCCGAGAAUUAGCAGCAAAACUAAAGGAGCACAACAUAGAAGGCAUAAACACAUACAGCCUCCACCCAGGCGUCAUAAAAACUGAACUCGGCCGUCAUUUGAACGAGACUCUUUUCUCGGGAGCGCGACAGAUUAUCGGCUUCGUACUGGCACCUUUCAUGAAGUCGCCGGAACUUGGAGCGCAAACGACAAUAUAUUGUGCGGUCGACGAGAAAUGUGCGAAUGAGACUGGCCUGUAUUAUAGUGAUUGUGCAGUAACCAGUCCGGCUCCGAAAGGUUUGAACGACGAAUACGCUAAGAAGUUAUGGGAAAAGUCCGUGGAGUUAGUAAAACUUGGCGACUUCAAUCCUUUCACAGCUGCUGAUCCCGGCGUCAAGACUGUGUAACCAGCAUCUUUAGAAUAAUAUAGACUUUGACCAAAGAAGUCUAAUCCGCCGCUUGUCGCAUCAUAAACAAAUAAUUUGCGUGUUUCAUGAUGUCGGUAUCCGAUUCAAUCGAAAAAAAGUACACGAAAAUAUCUAGUGUUAUCGUCUUAGGAGCAUGCGGUAUUUUUUUAUGUGGUUUGCACAAAUUAUCAUUUGCGUUCACGAAAUGCGCAAAUCGUUUUUGUAAGUAGUAAAGUAAGUGGUGCUUGGGUUAAUAGCGAUUAAGUAUAUUAUAUAAGAUAAGAAUAUCUAUUUUUUUUAAUAAUCUGUGAUGAACCGUCGUCCUCAGUAUUCAAUUUUUUUAACCUUUAAUACUCAUUUAUAUUGUACGUAUUCAUUUAAUGGAUACAUCUUCACUCUUCUACCUAGUUUUAAGUGAAAAACUGUCCAUAUAAAAAUAUUUAUAUCUACAAUUUGAUACUGAAAUAUAUUUUUAUAUUGUUAAAAAAUUGUAUUUUUAAUCCGCCAUGUGAUCUCGUAGUAAAUUCAUAUUUCAAAGCAUUAUUGAGCACUAUCAAGUUUAUGACAUUAAUUUUUUGUAGUCUUGCAUCCUCAUACAGUUGUGUACUUAUUUACAAAUUAAAAAAAAAACAACUUCCUCAAAAUAAAAACAGGUUUUCAUUCCCCUAUCUGUGAAAUAAUAUUACCAAAAAGACCAACUUUACACGUGUCAAAACAACAUAUUAUCGUGAAUGUCAUAAACCGGAGUUUUUUUGUUAUCUUGACCCUGAACCUCCGCCAAAUUCCUAGACUAGGACCGCGUCUGGUUCUCAGUAGCGGUCCGCCCCGGGUGCCACAUCUCGGGGGGUGCCAUCUCGGUCGGCACAUAUCUGCACGACCAGGAUGGCGCGGGCAGAAGGAACAAGUCACUAAGGGUGCCAUUCUAAUCUGCGAAGCCUAGGUUCACUACCAUUUACUGCGUGAUAUUCAAAUUUUAAAACAAAACUACAACAGUGCAUGUGUGAGACAUCGAGGCGGUCACCCCUCUCAGUUCGACUGUCACCCUUCUCUUGUAUUUUUGCUUUUAUCUGAUUACUUUAAUUAAUUCCUCAAAGUUAGAAAAAAAAAUUUCUCUUCAUUUCUAAUUUGUUCUACGCUUACCUACGUUUUGAUUCCUCAAUCUAGCAAACAGAAAGCACCGAAGUAGCAAAAAAAAAAGACGCUCGCUUAAGUCACGGUUUCUUGUAAUUUGUGCUUAAUUCUGAGUUAAAUUAGAGUCCUCAAAAAAAAAACAGUGGAUAUUUCUAAGCUAUUUAGGCGCUAUUUGUAAGAGGAGAUGGAGGACUUUGGUGUCCCAAAUCUCAAUAAAUUUUGAGCUCGCUCGCAGUUGCUUCAAUUUCUGGUCGUUUUUUUUUUACUUUUUACUUUAACUUGUCUGAGUGUUCCAAAACUCAAAAAUUUCGCGCUCGCUGCGCUCGCGCCUUACAUUUGACAGUAAUUUUCUCUAAUCUCUUUAGAUAUCUUCUUGCAUCACAAGUAUCGUUAUUAUGUAUAAUCGUUUAUAAGAGGCUAUUAAAUUUUCUAAAUAAGACCGAUGUACUUGCCAAAGAACAAUUUGGGUUCAGAAAAGGUAAAUCUACCCAGUUGGCAACAUUUAAUCUAAUAAAUUCAAUAAUAAACAGCAUAAAUCAUAAAAUUUCUCCUAGCGUUCUCUUUCUAGACUUAAGUAAGGCAUUUGAUGUUGUUGAUCAUACUAGACUCAUAAGCAAGUUAGAAAAAUAUGGUGUGAGAGGUAUAGCGUUAGAUUGGUUUAAAUCGUACCUAACUGGCAGAACACAAAUAACUCGUGUAACUAAAUUUAAUAGCAAAACCAAUACUCUCGAAAAUUUCGAUUCCAAUCCCAGAUUUAACCAUUUUGGAGUACCACAAGGAAGCAUUUUAGGACCUUUAUUAUUCCUCAUCUACGUUAAUGAUUUUCCCCAGGUGGUCUACAACCACGAAUGUGUUUUAUUUGCGGAUGAUACCUCAGUAAUUAUACGGUGUGAUAGUGAAAAAAACUAUAAAGAGGAAAUACAUAAACUACUAAAAGAGAUUACUGAAUGGCUCGAUAUAAAUGCAUUAAAAAUAAACUUAGAUAAAACGAAAAUAAUUAAUUUUAGGUCACAUAAAAGCAAAUCGAAACAAUUAGACAUCACUUGUAAUAAUACACCCAUCGAACAGGUCAAAAACAUUAAGUUUCUUGGGAUUACAGUAGACGAACACCUUAUAUGGAAAGAUCAUAUCGAUAACAUCUGUAAAAAAAUUAAUAAAUCUGUUUUUGCUGUAAAAAGAAUCAAAGAUUCUUCUUCGAAACACACAUCUUUAAUGGUGUACCAUGCCUACGUGUGCUCCAUUAUACGAUAUGGCAUAGUGAUAUGGGGGUAUACAGCAGAUCUUAUGCGUGUUUUUAUUGCACAGAAGAAAUGUAUUCGCGCUAUCUUUAAUGCUAAAUGGUCAGACUCUUGCAGGCCCAUUUUCAAACAAGAAAAAAUAUUAACUGUCCCUAGCAUGUACAUUUAUGAAGUGGCCAAAUUCGUUAAAUCCAAUAUUGAAUUGUUUGAACGUAAAAAUAAUACAAACAAGCGCAAAGUCACUCAUUCUUAUUUAAAAAUGCCAAAUCCACGGCUGGAAAUGUGCAGACGAAGUUGCGUGUACAUGGCGCCGCUUAUCUUUAACUCUCUGCCUCAGAAGAUAAUCGAAUUGCCAUAUGAGAAAUUCUGUAGGUCUCUACGAACGUGGCUAAUAGAAGAGAGCUUCUAUUCUGUAGAGGAGUUUAUAAGAAAAUUUUCGACUCAAUCCUAUCAUUUUAGAAAUGCAUUGUAACUACUCUUAGUAACUACUCUUAUUUUAAGUAUUGUGUUUCUUUUGUGUGAGUGUUACAACUGAUAGAUUAAGUCUGUGUUUUCUUUUUUUUCUCUCUCAAUAUUUGCAUGCUGUUUUAUAACUGCGGAAUGUGUCUAGCACUUUAAUUAAAUUUUGUACCAACUCUUGUACCACAUUUUAUGCAAAUAAAUGAAA